AUGUCUUCUGAGCCAGGCGUUGAGAACCCGCUGCUGCAUCCGCUGGCGUUCCUCUACCAGCUGGUGCAGUGGCUGAUAAGCUUGGCUCUCGCGCCGAACCCUCCCAAGGACAACCCGGCGCCUAAUCGGCCUCGAAUUGCCAUUAUCGGUGCUGGACUGACCGGUGUGACGGCCGCUGCGCAUUGCGCCGGCCAUGGCUUCGACGUGCAAAUCUUUGAACAGGCAGACGAAGAGGCGGUUGGCGGCAUCUGGACUCGUGUUAAUAGCACCUCCGGCCUCCAAAUCCACUCAUUCAUGUACCGCUUCCACCCUGCCGUCAACUGGCAAAAGGGCUACCCCAACAAGCAGCAGAUUGUCGAGCAGAUUCGCCAUCUCUGGAAGCUGUACAAGCUGGACAAGCACACGACGUUCAACUUCAAGGUCGACAAGGUCUACCAGGACAAGCAGGGACGAUGGAUCAUCAACGACCCCUCCAACGGCCGCUUCGAAGGCAUGAUUGCCGCGGUCGGCACCUGCGGAGCACCCAAGAUGGCCAAAAUCGACAAUGCCGAGAACUUCAAGGGUAAAAUCAUUCACUCGUCCGACCUUGACAACAUCGACGUCAAGGACAAGAAAGUUGCCAUCAUCGGCGGCGGCGCCUCUGCCAUUGAAGCCCUCGAGUUCAGCAUCAAAAAGGAAGCUUCCCAAAUCUCCAUCCUCUCGCGCUCCGACAAGUGGAUCAUCCCGCGCAACAUCUUCAUCGACGCCCUCCUCAGCAUGAACAUCUUUGGCCAAGAGACGAUCCUGUCGUGGAUCCCCGAGCUUCUCCUCCGCAAGUUCUUCUACCGCGACAUGGCCGACAUUGCGCCCACGGACGUCGGCCUCUUCACCGAUACCCCCAUGGUCAACUCGGACAUUAUGCAGCAGCUGCGCGACGGCAAGGCGCGCUGGAUCCGCGGCGACACGGAAGGCUUCACCGAGACUGGCGUGCACGUCAACCAGCGCGCCAAGGGCGUGCCCAAGGGCGGGCCCGGCAGGGACAUGGUCGUCGACGCCGACGUCGUCGUGCUGGCCACGGGCUUCAAGCGCCCGACGCUGUCGUUCCUGCCCGAGGACUGCUUCCAGGACCCCUACAGCCCGCCCAACUGGUACCUGCAGACGUUCCCGCCGCCGCACCCGAGCAUGUCGGCCAUCAACUGCACCUACGUCGCCGCCAUCGGCACCGUCGGCAACUGGCACAUUGGCAUCUACACGCGCAUCAUGCUCAUGUUUAUCACCGACCCCCUCGCGCGGCCCUCGCCCUUCUGGAUGCGCCGCUGGAUCGGCCUCACCAAGUUUCUCAAGUCGUACUCGCCCACGCCCGCCUUUGACUUUUUCACAUAUCUCGAGCUCGUCUGGUGGUUUGUCUUUUGCGUGUCCAUCAACCCCUUUCGCUGGAAGUGGGCGCUCUUUGUCCUCUUUGGCGUCGGCUUCAACCUGCCCAACAACUUUUCGGAGCUGGAGAGGCGCGUGCUCAACACGGACGGGUACAGCAAGCUCGAUCAAGGUCGCAGUUUCUAG